GCUUCAGAUUUAAUUGUUACGUAGGGAAAUAACUGUCAUUCCGUAACCUUUACGUAGCGAAUGUGUAUUUUACGUAACCGUUGUAAAAUAUCAUUACGGAAGCCUUACGUAAUAGAAGGUCUCUUUACGUAAUGAGUAUUAACGUCGUGUUACGUAAAGAGCUAAGUUAUUACGGAAGGCUUACGUAAUGCUUCUAAUUCAAUAAGAAUUAAAAAUGGAAAGAUUAAAAUAUGGAAAGACAACUAAAUGUGAAAAAGGAAAGAAAAAAAUAAAAAAAGGUAACUUGGGAAUGUGGUGACCGGCAACCAUGUUGCCAUUUAUUUUCAUACUUAUUUUUUUUAUUUCUUUAAUCAAUGGUUUAAAAUAAGUUUUGUCAAUUUUAACGGUUUAGAUCUAUGCAAGUUACCCAACUUAAAAUUAUACUCAAGUUACUGUAGGAGAUCCCUGUGAAUGUUAUAUUAUAUUUACAAUUAUAUAAUGAAUUCAAGAGAUGUCAAAAAUAUAAUUGUCAAAUUUAUCCAAUGAGAUGGGUUUUCAUAUAUAUCAUUCCUCAACAACGAUUUCAAAAUUUCAAUCGUAUCCAUAACAUAAAAGUGGGCAAAGAUGUGAUAUCACACACCAAAACCUACCUAUGUGCGUUUCAUGGAAAACCCUGCACCAUUUCCGAACAAUCAUAUAUAAAGUUCUUGACAUUUUUUUUUUAUAUAACAGCGAGUGAUAUAGACGACCGAAGUAUUGCAGCAAACGAGCCUAGCUAGAACAUAGUUAUAACAUAUACAGUCAUCAGCUGGGUUCCGUGUGAAUAUUUAAAAUACCAAAACACCACCAAACUCAUCACUCUUUAAUACCGGAUUCGAAGAAAACUUAGCCAAAUCUGAUAGUGAUUGAAUUUCCCCCCGAUAAAAUCGACUCGUAAUUUCAUAUUCAGUUAGAAAUCCACACGCACGAGAAAAAGCUCACAGACGGUUCAAAUACAGCUUUCGCACAUUUUCGUUAAAAUUAAUUCUCCCCAAAAAAGAAAAGUCAACUACAUUCAAGCCCACUAGCUGAAGGAAGUAACAUCAAAGUUUAAGUUUAAUGUGGAAACCAUAAAAAAAAAAAAGUCCCCUUAGGCAAUGCGACUCAGAAGAACAUUCCACAAACAGGCAACUUUCAAUCUCAAACCAGUGGCUAUGGCUAAUGCGUACUUAGGGCUCGUUUGCUUGUUGGAUUUGAAAAUGAAGGUUUUUAGUUUUGAAAACCUUUGGAUUUAUGAUGGAUUUGUUUCAUUUGGUAUUUGAAAGAUAACAUUGUUUGUUUAGUUGAUUUUGAUCUUGGAUUUAAAGAUUUUUGUAUCAUGGGUCUCAACUCCUUGCCUUCAAUGACCAAAUACCAAAUGAAAUGUGGUAUUUGCAAAUACGUGGGGUCCAUGGAUUUGGGGCUAAAAAAAUUGUCCAAAUCCUUGGGCCCCACGGAUUUGUAUGACUCAACAAACAAUGUUUUUAUAUCAAAUACGUAAUGCUUUGUAUUUGGAUAACAAAUACAUGACCCAAAUCCCACAAGCAAACGACACUUUAAUUUCCCCACCUAAAACAAACGAAGAUUCCAGGGGACCGAAUCGACCCAAAUCGGUCGAGACCCCUGAAACUGAACCGGUCAACUCCCGGCCACCAACUGGCACAAAACCCAGCAGCUAUUAGCUCCCAACAUCAACACUAUUAAAUUAUUAAUCGUAGACUUAGACAACGGCGACUCAAGAGUACAAAUAUGUUGGAGUCUCUGUUAAUUUGGCGGCGGACGUGGUCAACUACUCAUUGGUAAAUUUUCCUCACAACGACACAACUACCUACAUAUGAGUUUUACCCAAGUUUUAUAGUCGGGUACAAAAGUUUUACAGACUGUAUUGAUAUCUUUAACGUUAUGAGACAAAUUGAACUUGUACCUUUAAUAUUAUGGUACAUGUGUCAAUCUGUACAUAUCUCUCGAAACACUGAAUACUUUUUUAUCAGAUAAGAGUGACGUAGGUUUAGUUUUAGUGGUUAGGUACUACUCUUACGAGAUUCGAAGAUUCAAUACUAGUGAUAUUACUACCAGACCAAAACCCUUAUUCGUACCUCGAACACUAAUACUAUUAAACAUAGUAGAAGGCCCGGCCACUAAAACCUUAAGUUUCUCAGAAGUCAGAACAACUACUGAAAUGAUUACAUUACGAAGUCAAAUUUACGAUUUCAUAAAAUCAAUUGUUUGUUUGCUCAGAAUGAAUCCGGACAUUUUCCUAAAACCGCGCGCGGCCAACCAUUUUCAAGAAAUCAGUUCUUCAUUUUCACCCUAAAUUGCUUCAAUCUCAUAAAUUUGUCAGAUAUUCAUACGAGAAACGAGGUAGCGAGUCUCGCGAAGAGAGCCAGCAUAAGCGGGGGGAGGGGAGGAAGUAGGUAGCUAGCAUGGAGAAGAAACAGCACAUAGAUUCGUGUUCAUAGUUCAUACUCCUUUCUUGGUGUGGUUGGUGGAUUAAGACAACCAUAUACAAUAAUAACCAAGAAAAUUUGGAAAGUCAAAUUUCUUUGAGAUUUCAGAGACAUAUUAUUAUAUAAAUAGGUUAUCAUCAUCGAUCUCAUACAGCCAAUUGGACACAAGAUACACACAGAAUAUUGGAACCACGAACACAAGUCUGGUUUUUCUUUCUUUCUUUCAAUGAAUAGAAAUUUUACAAGUGUUGUGAUUAAUUUAAGGUUGUUUGGUUGAUUUUUCCCCUCUGGCACUACGUACCCAUCUAGCUACUCUAUAUGAACAGUUCAAACUAGCAAGAAAAAUUGAUAAUUAAUCAAGCUAAAUACCAUUUAAAUACAGAGCUAGUAGAUUACUUCCAUACCUAAUCAACUGUAACUGAUGAUCCAAAUUAAUGUCGCCGGCCGUAGAGGAAAGGAGCCAACAACCAAGUUGACAUGCAACCACCGCUCAUUAUUUACCGACGACGGAGAGGUAGGGAUGGCAAUUUCGACCUGACUCGUUUUAUCCAACCUGUUUACCUGUUUUGGGGUGGGUCCGUCGGCAGGGCGGGCAUGGGUACCUCUCAUCGACCUAACCUACCCUGACCCGUCCCAUUCUGAACCCGCUCUUGUCUACAUUACAUGUAAUCUUAUUCAAAUUAUUUAGGAUUUUUCUCUUAUUGCCUUGUAUUUUAGUUAUAAUAAAGUUGUAAGUAAGAGAAAACCUCAAUUUCUCCAAUAAUUUAACUACAUUUUAUCAUAUAUAUUUUUUUUUAUGUUUUUCACGUACAUAAGUUACAUACCCAUUGGGUCGACCUGCCCCGAUUCGCGCCCCCAUGGUAAAUUACCCGACGUGCCUGGUGGACCCGACCUGCCACAGGGCGGGUAUGAGUAUCGAGAUACCCACCCCAGACCUGCCCAUUGCCAUUCCUACGGAGAGGGAGAGUAUGGGGAUCAAGUACAUUGCACAAAACCGAGAAAUGCGCUGCAUAUCCACUUGUCGAUGGAACUUAGCAGUUAGCACUUCCUUAUAUUACGGUGAUAAAAUAUAAUUUGUUCUUACAUCGUCGUAUUCAAAUUUUGAUGGAAGAGCGCUUCUAACCUUCAUAAUUCAUUAAAUGAUUCGGAGAAUAGAAACUGCUAUUUGAUAUAUGUAUAACCUGUAGUCCGGUGUGGGAAACAGAAUCGUGAAAGAGUGUACUCUAACAACUAAGGAAUGCUCAAAAGAUGUAAGAAAUAAGUAUUGCACAAAGUUGCCUUCUCUAUACACAUAACACACGGGCGAGGCGAACCUCCCAUGGUAAAGUCAAAAAGGGUUGGAUUUCAUCGAUUAGAACGAAGUAUGGGUGAGAGGAGCAUCACGGACUGGAUGAGACUGAUAGUCAUUUGUAAAUCCGACUCUAAAAUAACCUUCCUAAUAAUUAGAUCCCAUACAAAACUGAGAUCAUAAUCUGAUUUAGAUUUUUGUAAUUAUAUUUACAAUACAUCUAAAAUAUUCAUAAGAGAGAUUUUCACCAAAUAUUUUUUUGGGUAUUUAGAUGGUAAUUACUGAUUGGAAUUCUUAUAAUAAAAAAAGUUUCUCUGAAUUACUUUUAGCUGGUUUCCCCCUAUUUUAUUAGUAUAGCAAUAUAAUAUUUUCAUAAGAAAUUUAGAUAUAUUGAUAAUAGAACAUCUAACAUAAAAAAAAAAUAUCUAUAUUGAUCAAAUAUUAUAUACUGGUUUUGACACUUUGGAUAUUAUAGAUUUCAAAUAAAUGUUACAAUUUUGAGAAUAGCAUGAUGCAUUACUUUUAAAGGCUACAAUUAUUGAUUAGGAGUAAGUGGGCUUUUUGUCCUUGACUUCACCGAAAUAAAUUAUUGGAAAACUUUUAUAAAACAAUACUAUAAUAAUUCAUAACAAAUAGAUAAUUAAGUGGUUAAUCCCCUUUUAGAAAACUUAAUCUACCCUUUCUGGGGAUUGAAUCCAUUUUAUAUUUACUUAAGUUCAGGGUUGUCACGCCGGCCGGCGUGCCACUGGUUGUACCUGGUUCAACCUGUACCGGUCAUAAAACCGGCGUGACACCAUCGGUAUGACCGGCAUGAUCGAUAUACGAAUCUCUAAGUAAAAUAACCUUACUUUAAUUGUUAAAAAUUAUUUUAUUAUUUAUUUUAUGAGUAUAAAUGUUAAAUAUUGAUGUUAUUUGUUGGAUUCAAGUAUAAAUGUUUAGGUAUUGACGUUAAAUGCCAUGUUUAAAAUGAGUAUUUAUAAUUUUAUUUGUAAUAUUGACCGGCACAAACCGGUAUGUGCCACCGGUCGAACCAUUCCACUUGCUAAACCGGCACACUGACAUAAACCGGUUUGACAACCUUGCUUAAGUUAUAACGUAUUUCCAGGGAGAUAAGUUAACCAAACUAAGCUCUUGAAGUUAAUGAACAAUGCUAAAAUCAAUCCAGUUUAGGAGUUUGGUCUAUCCGAUACACCAAACCUUUCUAACAACAUAGUCAGUAGAGACUUACUUUGCCAAUCAUAAUUCAACCAGGCUAGACCUUAGGCUCACCAAAUCAUACACCAGCUGCAGGGCGAAGUGAAGAACUGGAAACCUACUGAUCAUGCAAUAUUUUUUCUGCAAUUUGCCUUUUGUCAUUGGCAAAAAGAAAAAGGAUCCAGAUCAUACACAGCUGCAUAAUUGAAUACAACUUCCCUGACUCAAGACACCUAACGGAGGAAACCAACAGGAGAAACAUCUAGUUCAGAUUUAUCUAAUAAAUCUCCCACGACCAAGACUUUAUCUAGGAAGUCGACCCGUUAUGCAUCCAUCGACGACAUAUCAACCUUCCUCGGACGAUGAUAUAUGUGUCUGUUUCCUGGAAAAGCCUCGCGAGAAAUGUCUACCAGAGCUUUGAAACUGAAGGGCUCGUGCAUCGAUAUCUCCGACAGAACUUUCCGGUUCAGCUGGAUGUUCUCCUUCUUAAGCCCGUGCAUGAAGUGACCAUAAUGAACCUGUGAAUCACAC